AUGACUCCAUCCGUUUAUGGGAUGUUAAGACAGGAUAAUAAAAAGCCAAAUUAGAUGGUCAUAAAGAUUAUGUAAAAACAAUUUGUACUCUCCCGAUGGUACUAUGGAUCAGAAUUUGAUAAUGUGGAUAUACGUGGAAUGAAUUUGAAUUAAGCUUAAUUGUUCAAUUGUAAAUGGAAAAACCUCAAAAUACAUGAGUUAAAUAAAUUAGAUGGUCAUUCAUCACCUGUUUGUUCAGUCUAAUUCUCUCCUGAUGGUACUACAUUAGCAUCUGGUAGUGGAGAUAAGUCUAUCCGUUUAUGGGAUGUAAAUACAGGAUAAUAAAAAGCCAAAUUAGAUGGUCAUUCAAAUUAUGUUAUUUCAAUUUGCUACUCUCCUGAUGGUACUACAUUAGCAUCUGGUUGUUCAGAUGGCUCCAUCCGUUUAUGGGAUGUUAAGACAGGAUAAUAAAAAUCCAAAUUAGAUGGUCAUUCAGAUUAUGUAAAAACAAUUUGUUACUCUCCUGAUGGUACUACAUUAGCAUCUGGCAGUGAUGAUAAGUCUAUCCGUUUAUGGGAUGUUAUGACAGGAUAAUAAAUAGCCAAAUUAGAUGGCCAUUUAUCAUAUGUUAUGUCAGUCAAUUUCUCUCCUGAUGGUACUACAUUAGCAUCUGGCUGUUCAGAUAACUCUAUCCGUUUAUGGGAUGUUAAAACAGGAUUAUAAAAAGCCAAAUUAGACGGUCAUUCAAGUGCAGUUAAUUCAAUUUGUUACUCUCCUGAUGGAAAUACAUUAGCAUCUUGUAGUGAUGAUAAAUCAAUCCGUUUAUGGGAUGUUAAGACAGGAUAAUAAAAAGCCAAAUUAGAUGGUCAUUCAAAAUUGGUUAUGUCAAUUUGUUUCACUCCUGAUGGCACAACAUUAGGAUCUGGUAGUUGGGAUAACUUUAUUCGUUUAUGGGAUGUUAAGACAGGAUAAUAAAAAGCCAAAUUAGAUGGUCAUUCAUCAACGGUAUAUUCAAUUUGUUUCUCUCCUGAUGGUACUACAUUAGCAUCUGGUAGUUCAGAUAACUCUAUUCGUUUAUGGGAUGUUAAGACAGGAUAAUAAAAAGCCAAAUUAGAUGGCCAUGAAAAUAGUGUUAAUUCAAUUUAUUACUCUCCUGAUGGUACUACAUUAGCAUCUGGUAGUUCAGAUAACUCCAUCCGUUUAUGGGAUGUUAAAACAGGACAAUAAAAAGCCAAAUUAGAUGGUCAUUAAUCAACAGUUUAUUCAAUUUGUUGCUCUCCUGAUGGUACAUUAGCAUCUGGUAGUUCAGAUAAGUCUAUCCGUUUAUGGGAUGUUAAAACAGGAUAAUAAAAAGCCAAAUUAGAUGGUCAUUCAUCAACAGUUUAUUCAAUUUGUUACUCUCCUGAUGGUACUACAUUAGCAUCUGGUAGUGCAGAUAACUCUAUCCGUUUAUGGGAUGUUAAGACAGGAUAAUAAAAAGCCAAAUUAGAUGGUCAUUCAUAAUGGGUUAAUUCAAUUUGUUACUCUCCUGAUGGUACUACAUUAGCAUCUGGUAGUGCAGAUAACUCUAUCCGUUUAUGGGAUGUUAAGACAGGAUAAUAAAAAGCCAAAUUAGAUGGUCAUUCAUAUUAUGUUAAUUCAAUUUGUUACUCUCCUGAUGGUACUACAUUAGCAUCUGGUAGUGCAGAUAACUCUAUCCGUUUAUGGGAUGUUAAGACAGGAUAAUAAAAAGCCAAAUUAGAUGGUCAUUCAUCAACAGUUUAUUCAAUUUGUUACUCUCCUGAUGGUACUACAUUAGCAUCUGGUAGUGCAGAUAACUCUAUCCGUUUAUGGGAUGUUAAGACAGGAUAAUAAAAAGCCAAAUUAGAUGGUCAUUCAUCAACAGUUUAUUCAAUUUGUUACUCUCCUGAUGGUACUACAUUAGCAUCUGGUAGUGCAGAUAACUCUAUCCGUUUAUGGGAUGUUAAGACAGGAUAAUAAAAAGCCAAAUUAGAUGGUCAUUCAUCAACAGUUUAUUCAAUUUGUUACUCUCCUGAUGGUACUACAUUAGCAUCUGGUAGUGCAGAUAACUCUAUCCGUUUAUGGGAUGUUAAGACAGGAUAAUAAAAAGCCAAAUUAGAUGGUCAUUCAUCAACAGUUUAUUCAAUUUGUUACUCUCCUGAUGGUACUACAUUAGCAUCUGGUAGUGCAGAUAACUCUAUCCGUUUAUGGGAUGUUAAGACAGGAUAAUAAAAAGCCAAAUUAGAUGGUCAUUCAUCAACAGUUUAUUCAAUUUGUUACUCUCCUGAUGGUACUACAUUAGCAUCUGGUAGUGCAGAUAACUCUAUCCGUUUAUGGGAUGUUAAGACAGGAUAAUAAAAAGCCAAAUUAGAUGGUCAUUCAUCAACAGUUUAUUCAAUUUGUUACUCUCCUGAUGGUACUACAUUAGCAUCUGGUAGUGCAGAUAACUCUAUCCGUUUAUGGGAUGUUAAGACAGGAUAAUAAAAAGCCAAAUUAGAUGGUCAUUCAUAUUAAGUUUAUUCAAUUUGUUACUCUCCUGAUGGUACUACAUUAGCAUCUGGUAGUGCAGAUAACUCUAUCCGUUUAUGGGAUGUUAAGACAGGAUAAUAAAAAGCCAAAUUAGAUGGUCAUUCAUAUUAUGUUAAUUCAAUUUGUUACUCUCCUGAUGGUACUACAUUAGCAUCUGGUAGUGCAGAUAACUCUAUCCGUUUAUGGGAUGUUAAGACAGGAUAAUAAAAAGCCAAAUUAGAUGGUCAUUCAUAUUAUGUUAAUUCAAUUUGUUACUCUCCUGAUGGUACUACAUUAGCAUCUGGUAGUGCAGAUAACUCUAUCCGUUUAUGGGAUGUUAAGACAGGAUAAUAAAAAGCCAAAUUAGAUGGUCAUUCAUAUUAUGUUAAUUCAAUUUGUUACUCUCCUGAUGGUACUACAUUAGCAUCUGGUAGUGCAGAUAACUCUAUCCGUUUAUGGGAUGUUAAGACAGGAUAAUAAAAAGCCAAAUUAGAUGGUCAUUCAUAUUAUGUUAAUUCAAUUUGUUACUCUCCUGAUGGUACUACAUUAGCAUCUGGUAGUGCAGAUAACUCUAUCCGUUUAUGGGAUGUUAAGACAGGAUAAUAAAAAGCCAAAUUAGAUGGUCAUUCAUAUUAUGUUAAUUCAAUUUGUUACUCUCCUGAUGGUACUACAUUAGCAUCUGGUAGUGCAGAUAACUCUAUCCGUUUAUGGGAUGUUAAGACAGGAUAAUAAAAAGCCAAAUUAGAUGGUCAUUCAUAUUAUGUUAAUUCAAUUUGUUACUCUCCUGAUGGUACUACAUUAGCAUCUGGUAGUGCAGAUAACUCUAUCCGUUUAUGGGAUGUUAAGACAGGAUAAUAAAAAGCCAAAUUAGAUGGUCAUUCAUAUUAUGUUAAUUCAAUUUGUUACUCUCCUGAUGGUACUACAUUAGCAUCUGGUAGUGCAGAUAACUCUAUCCGUUUAUGGGAUGUUAAGACAGGAUAAUAAAAAGCCAAAUUAGAUGGUCAUUCAUCAUAUGUUAUGUCAGUCAAUUUCUCUCUUGAUGGUACUACAUUAGCAUCCGGUAGUUCAGAUAACACUAUCCGUUUAUGGGAUGUUAAAACAGGAUAAUAAAAAGCCAAAUUAAAUGGUCAUUCAAGUGCAGUUAAUUCAAUUUGCUACUCUCCUGAUGGAAAUACAUUAGCAUCUUUUAGUGGAGAUAACUCUAUCCGUUUAUGGGAUGUAAAGACAGGAGAAUAAAAAGCCAAACUAGAUGGUCAUUCUAAUACAGUUUACUCAAUUUGUUACUCUCCUGAUGGUACUACAUUAGCAUCUGGCAGUUCAGAUAACUCUAUCCGUUUAUGGGAUGUUAAGACAGGAUAAUAAAAAGCCAAAUUAGAUGGUCAUUUUAGCUAUGUUAUGACUGUUUGUUUCUCUCCUGAUGGUGCUACAUUAGCAUCUGGUAGUGGAGAUAUGUCUAUCCGGUUAUGGGAUGUUAAGACAGGAUAAUAAAAAUCCAAAUUAGACGAUCAUUCUGAAGCAGUUUAUUCAAUUUGUUACUCUCCUGAUGGAAAUAUAUUAGCUUCUGGAAGUUAAGAUCACUCUAUCCGUCUUUGGAAUGUAAACACAUCAAAGGAAAUACUUCAAUCAGAUAGUAGCUAUAAAGAUUUGCUUGCCUAGUUUAACAUACCUCUUUAGAAUAGCUCCUUAUUGCCAAACGGUAUUUAUUAUUAAUUAUUAUUUAGUUAAUCCUGAUCGUACAAAACUUAAAAUAUGUUAGAAUCCUUUAUUAGAAGCAUCAGGAACACUUAUCCUAUAAGGAUUAUUCAUUAAUCAUUAAGGGAAAGAUGUAAAACCAUUGUUUAAAUCCAAAGGAAGUUUAUUUUUAGAGGGCUUAAAGCAAAAGUGA